UAGGAUGCCAUGUCAGUGAAACCACUCAUAUAUACUGCCAUAGAACCUUGAGUGCACGGUUUGUGUGAGUUUAGGGGUACAUAUUUCUGGUUUUAUGGUUAAGGGACCUCAAAAAAUCUCGCUGAUAACUGUUAAGUUGAGGGACCUCUGGUGAACUUAUUCAGAUGAUAAUCUUCACGUCAGCCCAGCAGCAUGCCACGAUGUGUAUUCGUGCCGUAUUCGGGGCCCCUCAAUUUUCGUGGCCUGCCUGCGCGGCACUGCGCGCUGCGAACAGCGAGCAUAUUUUUUGGCUACGAAAUUCACUGCUCGAUCAGAAGAGUUUGGUCAUGCGAAGCAAAGCAAAGCGUGUGCAUUCCCACCGUGCAUGCGAUCGAGCGAGCAGCUUCGUCGUCGUCUUCGUUUCAUCGCUUCUGCUCGAUCCCCCGAUUUGCCACUCCUCCUAAAUUGGCAAAGUCGCCUGCGAGCCAAGCAUUGUAGGGCACAUGCAUAAAGCCAAGACCAUGGCAAUGGACGCACGAGCUUUCUUUCCUCUCUCUCCCCCUUCCUCCUCCUCCGGCCGGUCCGGUCACCGCCUGCCUCGUCGUCGCCGGCGCUGAUCGGUUUCGCCCGCCCGACCGCGGCGGAGAUCGAGGUAUGAUGGACGGGAACGCGGUGGACGAGCUGAUACGGCGGCUGCUCGACGGGAAGAAGGUCAAGCCGUCGUCGUCGGCGAAGAAGGUGCAGCUCAGCGAGGCGGAGAUCCGGCAGCUCUGCGUCACCGGCAAGGACAUCUUCCUCUCCCAGCCCAACCUCCUCGAGCUCGAGGCCCCCAUCAACGUCUGCGGCGACAUCCACGGCCAAUUCUCCGACCUGCUCCGGCUGUUCGAGUUCGGCGGGCUGCCGCCGACGGCGAACUACCUGUUCCUCGGCGACUACGUGGACCGCGGGAAGCAGAGCAUCGAGACGAUCUGCCUCCUGCUGGCAUACAAGAUCAAGUACCCGGACAACUUCUUCCUGCUGCGAGGCAACCACGAGUGCGCGUCGAUCAACCGAAUCUACGGGUUCUACGACGAGUGCAAGCGCCGGUUCAGCGUCCGCCUCUGGAAGCUCUUCACCGACUGCUUCAACUGCCUCCCCGUCGCCGCCGUCAUCGACGACAAGAUCCUCUGCAUGCACGGCGGCCUCUCGCCGGACCUCGACAGCCUCGACCGGAUCAGGGAGAUCGCCCGACCCGUCGACGUCCCCGACCAGGGCCUCCUCUGCGACCUCCUCUGGUCCGACCCCGACCGCGAGAGCUCCGGCUGGGGCGAGAACGACCGCGGCGUCUCCUUCACCUUCGGCGCCGACAAGGUCACCGAGUUCCUCAACAAGCACGACCUCGACCUCAUCUGCCGCGCUCACCAGGCAAGCCGCCAUCGCCAUCGCCACCUCCUCCUCCCGUGCGUUGCGAUUUUGCAUAAUCGUCUCAACCUUGAAGCUCUUCUUGCGUUCUUGGGGGCAAAUGGACGAACAGGUGGUGGAGGACGGCUACGAGUUCUUCGCGGACAGGCAGCUGGUGACCAUAUUCUCGGCGCCGAACUACUGCGGCGAGUUCAACAACGCCGGCGCGCUGAUGAACGUGGACGCCAGCCUGCUCUGCUCGUUCCAGAUCCUCAAGCCGUUCAGAGGCAAGUCGCAGGCGGAGUGACGACGAAGAGACGACGCCGGCGAGGCUAGCCGGCCGUCGAUCGAGGCAGAGAAUUUUUCUUUUUUUUUUGGGGAUUUAGACAGAGGCUUCGUAUACGUAGAUCUGCAUGCGCAUUUCACAGCACAGAAUUUUCUCGUUGAUGCAUAUUUGGGGGGACAAACAGAUGAUCCAACCUCCACUUCUUCUGAAUCCUUUGCUUGUAAACUGAUUCAAUACUUGUAUAUAUAACCAAUUAACCAAACAUAUAGUUCCUUAAUCCUAUAUAUGCAUGGUCAUGGUCUCGUGGAAGGAACAAAAUUUUAUC